UGGCUCCCGCCCUCUAUGGAUGGGAAGGCAGCACCCAACGGCGUGGCCACCAUCGAGGACAGGAUAUUGCGGAUCACGGGCUACUAUGGAUAUUACCCGGGCUACUCCAGCCAGAAAAGUGCCUCACGAUCAUCUGUCAUCCAAUGCAAGCCAGGAGGCAACUGCCCCAGCAGACACAGAGGCAUGACUAGGCAGCUCUCCCCUCUAUCUGUUGCUGAAGAUUCUGCUGCUCCCAUUCUUGAGCUGCAGAAUCGAAGUCCCUCGGGAAUCUGUCGGCACAGCAGAGUCGAGAGGCAGAGCAGAUCAGGAGAAGAAGGAACACUAACACACACGGAGAGCAGCAGCCAAGAAGCCGAAGGACAGACACGAUGCCAGUCUUGCACAUCCACAUUCCUCAAGCUUAUCUGGAGAUUUCUGAUCAUUUUGUCCGUCUCUUCUUCCUGGGUCGGGACCACGCAGUUUGUCAAAAUCACGUAUGAGACCUUCGACUGUCCUUUUUUCAUGACUUGGUUCUCAACAAACUGGAACAUUAUGGUUUUUCCCAUUUAUUAUUCUGGGCAUCUUGCAACUGCACAGGAAAAGCAGUCUCCAAUCAGAAAAUUCAGGGAAUGCAGUCGGAUUUUUGGUGAAGAUGGUCUGACCCUGAAACUCUUUCUUAAAAGGACUGCUCCCUUUUCUAUUCUGUGGACUCUGACUAACUACCUGUAUUUACUGGCUUUAAAGAAGCUGACAGCCACAGACGUCUCUGCCCUAUUCUGUUGUAACAAAGCUUUUGUCUUCUUGCUUUCUUGGAUCGUGCUGAAAGACAGGUUCAUGGGAGCAAGGAUAGUUGCAGCAAUAAUGGCAAUCACAGGAAUUGUAAUGAUGGCAUAUGCAGAUGGUUUCCAGGGUGAUUCAAUUAUCGGAGUAGCAUAUGCCGUUGGAUCGGCCUCUACAUCAGCAUUGUAUAAGGUUUUGUUCAAAAUGUUUCUUGGAAGUGCAAACUUUGGGGAAGCGGCUCAUUUUGUUUCUACCCUGGGCUUCUUCAAUUUAAUUUUCAUCUCUGUUACCCCAAUCAUACUGUAUUUUACAAAAGUGGAGUACUGGUCCCCCUUCUCUGCUGUGCCAUGGGGUUACCUCUGUGGAGUAGCUGGACUCUGGUUAGCUUUCAAUAUUCUGGUUAAUGUUGGUGUUGUGCUUACAUACCCCAUUCUGAUCUCAAUCGGCACAGUGCUCAGUGUCCCUGGAAAUGCAGCUGUGGAUCUGUUGAAGCACAAAAUGAUCUUCAGUGUAGUGAGAUUGGGAGCCACCAUCAUAAUUUGCAUUGGGUUUCUGCUCAUGCUGCUCCCUGAGGAAUGGGAUGAAAUAACCCUGAGGUUCAUCAACAGCUUGAAAGAGAAGAAAAGUGAAGAUCAUGCCGACGACAUCACAGACUCCAGUGUACACACAAGAAGCAGAAGUAGAGCUAAUGGUACAGUGUCUAUACCACUAGCUUAGGGCUGGUGGACUUGAACUGCACGCAGAUGUAUAUUCUGUGAAUAUAGCUUAAAUUUCCUCACUACUUGUAUGCUUAAAAACGACAUUUACUCUGAACAGGGGAUGGAUUGUAAGAUAAGAGAAAUACAUCUAUAAUAAAUGUUUACAUUUAUACACUUAUCAAGGAGCGGGUGUAAAUAACUACAAUAAAAUGCUUUGUAAUAAAAAA